UGCUGUGUGCUGGUAUUUAUGCUAGACUGCAGCUCUCUGAAACCCCCUCCGCGCAGCGCAGAUUAUCGGACCAAACCAUUACUGCAGUUCAGGUUUUAACACCUGUCACAUGAGGCUUUUACAUUUGCAAAUCGCCGGCUAUCACUACAGAUAAGUAUGCUUACUUUACUAUACCGCAGGAGUACACCGGACGCUGCCGCCCUGCAAAUGCAGCCACAGUGCAGCUCUCAGUGAGAUGAGCUGCCAAAUUGCACCGACACCCCUAUUGUGCGCCUGGCAGCAUCACGCACUGCCUGCAAUGGCGUUGUAGCGGCUCCAGUGUGUCCAAACGUUUCUAUAGCGGCGAUUCCGUCCCGGACUAUUUACAAGCGUGGGAGAGAAAUGUUAUUUUCGAAAGCUUUUGCAAGGAGAGCAUCGAUAUUUUCCACGAGUUUACCCGUUGGAUUACAGUUUAUUUAUAUCACGCGUCAAGCGAAGCUGAAGCCAUGAAUGUGUGAACGGGCUUGAAGGAACUAUAUAACUACAUCAGCUGGAUCAGAUUAGACAUCACUGCAGUAGGUCAAGCUAGACUCCUCACUCCCACAUUCUAAUGAGGCCACGGCGAUGCUGACAUCCCCUCUGAAUCCAAAGACAUCAUCAUGCUGAAGACGGAGGCCUCGGGGGAGAGGACCAGCCUCCGGAGUGCCUCCCCCCACCGUAAUGCCUACCGGGCUGAGUUUCAGGCACUCAAGAAGGCCUUUGACCAGCCUCGGAUUGAUGGAGACUCUAAGCCCAAAGACCUCGAACGGGUGAAGCAACCGAGGGGGCGCCAGUAUGGCAGCCAUGUCAGCCGCAUCAAGGACAUGUUCAUGCAGAUGGGCACAGAAAAUGCAACAGCGAAGACAAGGGGUCGAGAUGAAUCCUCGCCACAGAAGAUGGUCAAGCCGACCAACUUCAUCAACAAGGCUGACGGAUCUGUGAUAAAACUCCAGCAUUCCUCAUCAACCGAAAGGGUUGGAGGUGCUGGAGCAAAGUUCUCUGAAACCAGGAAGCUGUUUGAACAGCAGUCACGUGACCAGUCCCAAUCACCAGUCUUUCCCUACGGACGUGAUAAAAGGGGUUCCCAUGAGCACCUCGAUGAUUGGCGAGGUUCGAGGUCCAAUCGAGGCAGCACAGACUCAUUGGACUCACUUUGCUCCAGAACAGAGGCGUCCUCGCCGACUGUUAGUCAACUCAGUGCUGUUUUUGAAAAUGCUGACCAACACAACCAGGGUGUGCCCCACAGAGGAGUCAGCAGACGGGCCUUGUACUCACCAGACGGAUUCCACCGCCAGGGAGGUGAUGUCAGUGAGGAUGAUUCACGACAAUCUCCAGUUCAGGGAACCUAUCGGAGCAGGAUAGGGGGAAAGCUGCCCACAUCUUCAUCCUCUGAGGACCUCCUGAGUCCCAGUCCUGGGGCAGAGACCACAGAGUUGAAACCAGUUCCACAACAGGGGGAAACCCAAGACAAACCUGGUGAAACUGCAGGCGGAGACAGACGGCAACUCUCUGGCACCACCACUAAUGGAAGCCAGGUCAAUGGAUCCUGUGAAGAAGAGGAGAAACCCUCAGAAACAAAAAAAUAUAUUGAGGAUCUAAUGGUGUCCAAGGCUUCUAAGUCUAGAGAUGAUGAUGUGAUUACCAACAAAGCUUUUGAGGACACCACCCCUGAGCCUCUGCUGACCCCAACCACACCAGAUGGGGAGAGCCAGGAGGACGGGGAUGCUACAAAGGAAGAGAAACCCUCUGCAUCUCCCAAGGACCAGGUGGAUGAAGCUGAUGAGGAAUACACUGGGAAUGAGCGAGUGAUUUUUAAUGCAGACGGGGACGCCUGUUACCAAGGUUGGGGGGAAAGCUGCACAGAUCCUGAGGAUGACCUCUACGGAGAUGACGAAGAUAUUGUCUAUGACCCGGGCUCUGAUCUGACAGAGAUUCCUGGUCUGCCAGAAGAAAACAAAGACGACAUCCCUACAAAGAGGAAGAUUCGCUUCAGCACUGCUCCGAUUAUAGUGUUCAACACCUAUUCCAACGAGGACUAUGACCGUCGUAAUGAGGAGGUGGAUCCCGUGGCCUCCUCCGCAGAGUACGAGCUGGAGAAGAGGGUGGAGAAACUGGAGCUGUUCCCUGUGGAGCUGGAGAAAGAUGAAGACGGACUGGGGAUCAGUAUCAUCGGGAUGGGUGUUGGUGCUGAUGCGGGCCUGGAGAAACUGGGCAUCUUUGUCAAGACCGUCAUCGAGGGCGGAGCUGCCGAGAGAGACGGCAGGAUCAAGGUGAAUGACCAGAUCGUGGAGGUUGAUGGGACCAGUCUGGUGGGCGUCACACAGAGUUUUGCCGCCUCAGUCCUCAGGAACACAUCAGGAGUAGUCCGGUUUGUGAUUGGCCGAGAACGUCCGGGUCAGCAGAGCGAGGUGGCCACGCUCAUCCAGCAGACCCUGGAGCAGGAGAGGAGACAGAGAGAGCUGCUCGAGCAGCAGUACGCCCAAUACGACGCCGAUGAUGACGAGCAAACAGGGGAGUACGCCACGGAUGAUGAGGAGACGGGGACGACGGUGGCAGGUGGCGAGAAGAGCAUCGAGGUGUUCGACCUUCCAGAGACAGAGGACAUCCUGUCUCCAUCGGAGCUAGACGCCACCAAACUCUACCAGAAGUUCAGAGAGCUUCAGAUCAAACACACAGUGACCGAGGCCGAGAUCCAGAAGCUUAAAAACAAGUUGGCAUCAGUGGAGCGGGAGAAGCAGCGGUGGGAGAAGGAGAAGAGCCAGCUGAAGGCCAGCAUCGAGGAGAACAAGGAGAGGAUGUUGAAACUGGAGAGCUACUGGAUCGAGGCUCAGACACUCUGCCACACGGUUAACGAACACCUCAAGGAAGCCCAGGCCCAGUACCAGGCUUUAGAGAAAAAGUACAACAAAGCCAAGAAACUCAUCAAAGACUUCCAGCAGAAAGAGGUGGAGUUUAUCCAGAAGGAGGAUGCAGAGAGGAGGCGACUGGAGGAGGCUGAGAAAGCUCACCUGGCUGAGAUCCAAGGACUGCAAGUCAGGAUUGCAGCAUUAGAGUCUGAGCUAAUGCAGCUGAUGAAGCAGAACGGCAUCCAGGUCAACAACAACAACAGCAACAGUGCUGAGAGGCUCAGCGCUCAGCAGCACAACCCCAACAAGGCUGCAGCACAAGCCAGAGACCUGAGGGAGGGCUCUCCCCACUCACCCAGCAAAAAGAAGGGCUUUAGAGGAGUCGCCCGAGACAGCAUCAGCUCCGUAGAAGGAGAGGUCUCAGAGGGACACGGCAGUCCAGCCCACAGUCGUUCUGGUUCGAUUCGUAGUGUGGCCUCCUCUGAUGGAGGGGCGGUGGUCCUCAAGGCCCCGGGCAGCGCAGAGAGCUCCCCUAGAAGAACACCGCGCCUGUCAUCUACUGUGGGAGCGCACCAGGACGAUCCUGCAAUGUCAAGCCCCUCACACAGUCUGGACGAGCUCAGUCAAACUCUUGACCCUGGGUCGUCUUUAAGGAAAACCAAAGUGGGUGAGAAAGAUCCCAGAGCCUCACCUGGAAACAGCUCCACUGAGCCAUCAGCAGAGGACAGUCCAGAGAAUCUCAAGGCCAAGGGACCCGCUUUGAACGAUGAUCUGAGUGCCAGCAGCAACAGCUCAGUGGAGAUCAGCGGCCUGCUGAGCGAAGCCAAGAUGUCAGGACGCUCACACACCCUGGCGCUCUCUUCAGAUGAGAGUCUGGAUAUGAUAGAUGAUGAGAUCCUAGAUGAGGGACAGUUUUCGAAGCAGUAUCAGUGGCAGAACCGCAUCAUCACAGAAUGGACCUCCCAGCAAGUGGCCCGCUGGCUUAUGGGCCUCAACUUAGAACAUCAUAUCCCAGAAUUCACUGCCAAAAAUAUAGAUGGAGAACAGCUGCUACAACUGGAUAGUGCUGAGCUCAAGGCCCUUGGAGUCACUUCUUCCCAGGACCGGGCCCUGAUCAAGAAAAAGAUCAAAGACCUGAAAGUUCUGAUGGAGAAGGCCAAGAGGAACCGCGAGAAAGUGGAGAAACAGCGCGAGAAGCUAAGAAAGAGAGAGCUGGAGCAGCAGCAGAAAGAGGCGCGCAAAGAAAGCGCGGCAGAGUGAAGUGAAUCCUUAGAUCACCUCCCGCUUUACUGUAGCACCUCACCAAGUAGCAUCUCAAAGAACAGAACGUCAGUAGGCCCCACAAACGAACCCUGUGGGACGCCUACUCAGUAGUUCACUAGUUCUCAGUGGUGGAGCUCCACAUGUAACUGUUGGAGAGUGUUGAGUGACUUCUUCACCAUGCAAAUUAAACCAAAAUGAGCAGUUGGCUAAUAGGAUGCUGCCCCUUCAUUUGCCUCAUUUUACACCGAUCCUGUGUUUUUAGCCAUGUAAGAAUUUACUCGGUUUUAUUUAUUUUGCUGUUUAUUGCUGUAAAUUGGGUUUAUUUAUUCAUCUCCAGAGUAAGUCUGUGAAACCUUCAUCUCGUCCUCAUCCCAUAUCAUCUCCAGAGCUGUCUGUGUUACCCAUCACAGCACCUUUAGACAUAACAACUGUGUACAAUGUUAAAUACAGAUACAAAUAUGUCUAAUGUGCCAUUUUAAUAGACUUACUGUAUGUAUAUCCUGUUCAGAUACAUAGAUCACUGGAAUCUCUCUAUUGCUUUGAUGAAGCAUAUACAGGUCGGGCCUGUGUGGUGGAAUAUAUGAGGCAGUACUCGUGUCACACCACUGGGUGUCCCCAUGCUGCUUACUUACACUACUGAAGAGGGCAACACUGGAACUUUCCAACAGGAACUGAAGUGGGAACCAACUUUCUUUGGGAGAAACAUGCUCUCUCUUGACUUGCAAGAACACUGGAAGUGCAAACACUGUAAAUUUAACCUCUGCACUGGCUUGUCCAAUGCUCCUUACAGAAUACAUGUACCACACUAAAGCAGUUCUCAAAACAACAGAUGACAAGGACACACUGUACUCAUUGGACUGGUUCUAAUGGAGACUUCAGGUACAUUGUAAUCAUGAAAUUUGUAACUUACCAAACCCAUACCACAAAAACAAGCAAACAAACAAAAAAAGAUAAAAUGAAACUUCCUGCUUAUAUGCAUAAUGUUGCUUUGAAUCCGCUUGUAACCUGCUUUUGACCUCUUUUUAUAUUCUCUCUCAAUAACAAAGUAAUACCCAGCCACUGCCUUUAGAAAUUCUAGAGAAGUAGAAUUUUUCCGAAAUCUAUCCGCUUCUGUGUGACUGUCGAAACAAAUACAGUAGAUUAAACAUUUGUUUGUGUUUUUUUCAGAAAAAUCACAGGUAAAAGUUCACCAUGAAAAUUACUCCAGAAUACUUUGAAUAAUAUGUAGGAGAGUUGCCAUAUAGAUGGUUUAUCUUUGUGAUCAGGUAGACAGAAGAAUGCAGAGGACACAUACUGAUAUUUUGAUGUUACACUGGAAAUUGCACCAGAUACAUGCAAUGUCAUUUUUUCUUAUGAAACCAGUUUAGUAAGACUCAAAUUAUUUUGAUUUACAUGUUAGAUAAAAAAUGAUUUUGACUUAUGUACUUUAUGCAAACAGUUAUUCUUGUUUUAGGAUUAUGAAGCUCACUGAGAGACAUGUUCCCUGUGUUACUUCUUUAUCAUUCCCAAGUAUCAUUCUGUAGGUUUACAAUAAAUAAUAGAGACAGCGGUGUCACCGUGAUAGAAAUGAAGGCAGCUCUGGUUAUGAUCUCCUUUUGUCUUAAGGACCCUGCCUGGUGUACUGUUAACAGGUUAAGAACAAGAAUAAGGUUACAGAUGUGUUCAUUGUGACUUGAUACCUCCAUGGAAUGCCACAGGUAUCGAUCUGAUAUUGAUCUGUUAUUGUUAUUAUUUAUUUAUUUCUGUAUUUAAUGAAGCAACUGACUAUUGUUUAUGAUAACAUACGCAAAAUAAGAGUAUUAUUAACACCUAAUGAUGAUUUAUCCAGAAUUGUAUGAUUACUUUCUUUUGCCAAAACCUAAUUAAAACUGUUAAUUAAAAGUGAUUUAUAUUCAAGUAAACUGUGAAGGAUUUAAGGCUUGGAAAUGCAAAGCAAGAAGAAAACACAUACUCCCAUUGUGCUUGUGGUUUUAGCCUUCCUCUUAUACAACCAUAGUGCUGCUCCAGUGCUACUCCAAUAAACUGGUCAUGAUGUGUUCUUACGAAAUAUUUUUUAACACUUGAACCUUUCUGUGAAUACCCCCACCCUGUCAAGUCAGUCAGCAGACUGCACUCUUUUGACUCUUUUUGUAUGUAUAGUAAAACACUGAGAGCAAUAUGCUGUAAGAAUCCUAAAGAAGCCUUGUUUUCUAUUGUGUCAGUGUGUGUGUGUGUGUGCGCACAGUAAUUGGAGGGCUGAAGAGGCUCAAAGGUCUGACCUGAGCCGAAAUGUGAUUUCAGAUCUUUUCUAUGCGCUUGACUGAGCUUACCUGGCAUGAUGAAACCAACGUACGGAUGAGACCCUGGUGCUCCUGGCAGGCAAAAACACAAGCGUUUGAGUCAUGUCAGGAAGGGGCUCACUGGACGUUUGUCUUUCAUGUAUGAAGAGAGCAAAAAGAUAAUCACCACACAAACUGCUAGCCAUGCUUUCACUCUUUUAAGAGCUGUGCUUAUUUUCCUCCUCCUAUUUUGUCAUUACCUUUGCUCUCUUUUUCGCAUUCUGAAAAGUUUGA